CGACUCCUCAACUUGACUCACUGAGCUAAACUUCAGAAUGGAGCCGAGGGGAGGAAAAAGCCGUUAGUUGGCACCGUCAGCGGAGAGAAAGUCGCACCGUCCAUGUCUUUAAAACAAACAUCGACCCGCUGACAAUAAAAAAAACCUACCGACAGCAAUGUCGCGAGAAAACACCACGCGAAGCUUGGACAGUAUAGACCUCGCGGCUUUAAGAGAUCCAGCAGGCAUCUUCGAGUUGGUUGAGGUGGUCGGCAAUGGAACCUAUGGGCAGGUAUACAAGGGUCGCCAUGUCAAGACUGGUCAGCUGGCAGCUAUCAAAGUCAUGGAGGUCACAGAGGAAGAAGAGGAGGAGAUAAAGCUGGAGAUUAAUAUGCUGAAGAGUUAUUCUCAUCACAGAAACAUUGCUACUUAUUAUGGUGCCUUCAUUAAAAAAGGACCUGCUGGACAGGACCACCAACUUUGGUUAGUGAUGGAGUACUGUGGUGCUGGCUCUGUGACAGACUUGGUAAAAAAGACUAAAGGAAACUGUUUGAAAGAGGACUGGAUUGCCUACAUCUGCAGAGAGGUGCUAAGGGGUCUUUCCCAUCUUCACUCCCAUCAUGUGAUCCACCGAGACAUAAAGGGCCAAAAUGUUUUGCUCACGGAGAACGCUGAGGUCAAACUGGUUGACUUUGGAGUCUCGGCUCAGUUGGACAAGACGAUUGGUCGAAGGAACACUUUCAUCGGUACUCCCUAUUGGAUGGCUCCAGAGGUCAUCGCCUGUGACGAGAAUCCAGACGCCACCUAUGACUACAGAAGCGAUCUUUGGUCAUUAGGCAUCACUGCACUGGAGAUGGCGGAAGGAGCUCCUCCUCUCUGCGACAUGCAUCCAAUGAGAGCUCUGUUUCUGAUUCCUCGAAACCCCGCGCCCAGACUCAAAUCGAAGAAGUGGUCGAAACGUUUCUUGUCGUUCAUCGACAGCUGCCUGGUCAAAAACCACAUCCACCGACCCGCCACAGACGCUCUGCUGAAGCACGCCUUCAUCAGGGACCUGGCAAAUGAGAGGCAGGUCCGCAUCAUGCUGAAGGACCACCUGGACAGAACCAGGAAGAAGCGAGAGAAGGAGGAUCCAGGCUAUGAGUACAGCGGCAGUGAGGAUGAAGAAGACGAGGUCGCAGAGGAGGAAGGCGAACCCAGUUCCAUAGUGAACUCUCCCGGGGAAUGGACGUUACGACGGGAGUUUCUACGGUUACAGACAGAAGAUCGCCAAGGAGGCAGAGAGGGGGGUCAUGUGGGGGCAGGAGGAGCUCAACAACGACAACAGCAGCAGCACCGGCAGCAGCUGGCUGAGCAGGAGCGGAUCAAGCAGAUUCUGGCCGACCGACAGAGGCGGAUCCAGCAGCAGCAGGAGCAGCGGCAGAAGCUGGAGAACCAGCAGAAGCAGCAGCUGACGGAGUGUGCCUUUCAGUGGGCGGAGCUUCAGGAGGUUUUUAUGGGGGAGGAGUCUGAUCUCCACGACAACAGAAUCCUACUGGAGGAGAAAAACAGGAAGUGUGACAGGAGACAGGUAAAGAUUCAGAGUUUUGCACAUGUAGAGGCUGAAACAUCAAGUCUGCUCACAGAUUCAGUUAACAGACUUAAAACUAAACUGUUUCAUUGCAGCUCUGGUUGCAUGUUUCUUAGAUUUUUUUAUUCUCUGGAUGGUGAACUUUCACCCCAACUCCAAGCCUUUUUGCAACUUUUUACAGAAGUCAGUGCAAUUAGGAGUUGUUUUGUUUUGAGCUUCAACCAUUUCUCAUCAACACUAAUUAGCUUCCGUGUCCCGACUGAUGAAAAGUUUCACCGCAGCAUAAUACUGAUCCACUUUUUUUCUUUUUCGAUACCGAUAUCUGAUGUUUAUUAUAGGCCAAUGUGAUUUGAUACAGAAAAACAGCAGUGAAUUGACUUAAAACUUCUUUCUUUUUUUUAACACAGACAUAAAUGUACCAAAUUACAUAUUAAUUUGCUAACUUUGCAGCAGUACAACACAGUUAAAUACACCAGUAGCUUCAUAUGUUUGGUCAAACAUGUAAAAACAACUUUAAGUUGUUCAGUCAGUUCAAUAAGGAGUAAAACAACCAAU